UAUUUUUUGUAAUAAAUGGACAUGCAAAUAAGCCCACUAAGCUAUAGUUGGGCUCGUCCUAAUUUUUUAGGAGCAAAGAUUGCUCUCCCAAAAGACAACUCUGGCGCAUCAGCAUGUGAGCUGUUGGAAUCCGUAUUAACAAAAUCCGGUACACCGUUACGGUUAAUUUCAUUUUCUCCGGCGACGAAGAUCCCGGAGUUCCUUGUAAACUACCGAUCUUAUUCGGAGUUUCUUCAUUCUGUCAACUCCGGUCAUGGUUGAUGUGAUCAAGUGUUGCCUCGACUCUAUCAGACAUAUAUCAGAUGACAUUAAAGAUGCCAUAGUGUACCUGGAUGCUGGAUCUACAGAGUGCUUUGAGUUUCUGGGAGCAUUUUCUUUGUUAUUUGAGCUUGGAGCGUAUGCCAUCUGCAGUUUGGAGAAGGUGUCUCCUCUUGAUAAAGCUGAUUGGAGUUCAAGUUCUGGCACUAACAAGAAAAUAGUCAUUAUCACAUCACGUCUUCUAAGUGAUGCUCAUAGAUAUAUUUUACGUUGUCUUAGCACUCUUCAAAAUGUACAUCGCUGUGCCAUAUUUACAUCCAUAUCGGAGAUGGCUCACUCAGCAUAUCCUGAUUCACCUUUAGGUCCAGAUGCUUUCCCUGAAUAUGAAUCUCUACUCGUCCAAGAUUACGAGGAGCUCCUUAGAAGAUCUCAGAUAAAAUGUGAACCUUCUGGAGAAAACCUAUCAAAGGAAAGUGUGGCCCCUGAAGAUGAAGAAGGGUGGUCACCACUUGCUAUCAGUGCAGAGCAUAUGUCUGAAUUUGAUCCCACUUCAAGUUUAAAGGGUUCAGAAAAGGACACUGUUAUGGGCAAAGCAGCAGCUCUAGGGAGCAAGUUGGUUGUUUCUGUGCACCACUUCCCUUUGGUCUUGUGUCCCUUAUCACCUAGAUUCUUUGUCUUACCUUCAGAAGGAUCCAUUGCAGAAGCAUACUUGUCAACUGAACAAGAGAAUUCUGUAAGCCGUGGAUUGCCUCCAAUAAGCACUGGAAUACCUCCUGAUGGUGAAGAUAUUCCUCCUGGGGCAACUCUUACAUCUCAAUUUCUGUACCAUCUGGCAACAAAGAUGGAUUUGAAACUUGAGAUAUUUUCUCUUGGUGAUUUCUCGAAAACUGUUGGUAAGCUUCUAACAGACAUGUCAAGCCUUUAUGACGUUGGCCGCCGUAAAAGAUCAGCAGGGUUAUUACUUAUUGAUCGCACACUUGAUCUUCUUACUCCUUGCUGUCAUGGGGAUUCCCUUGUGGAUCAAUUUUUUUCAUCUCUCCCUCGUAGGGAACGAACAGCGUCCUUAGGCACACCAAACCAACUCAAAUUUGGCCCUACUUAUUUACAACGAGCUCCCCUUAAUGUUCUGAUACCACUUGAAACCUUUAUUAAGGAAGAAAGUUCAACAGGAAAUAAUUCCAGGCUGGUGGAAAGCAUAGAAGCUUUUUUGAGUGGUUGGAACUCAACUUCUGAAAUGACUGAAUCGAUGGACCUCAGUGCUAAACUUAAUGAAGGAAAGUCUUUUAAAAGUGUUGAGAGUGACCUUCUUUCUGGGUCCUUUGUCUCCACUGACAAUUAUCAGGGAACCCCGUAUCUGGAGGCCAUUCUAGACAGGAGAACAAAAGAUGGAACUGUACUAAUUAAGAAAUGGCUUCAAGAAGCUUUACGCCGGGAAAAAAUUUCUUUAAAUAUGAAAAUAAGUCCUGGUUAUGCUUCAAAAUCAGAGAUACAGGCCAUGAUUAGAGCAUUGGCUAAAAGCCAGUCAUCAUUGAUGAAAAACAAAGGAAUUAUUCAGUUAGCAAUAGCAGCUUUAUAUGUUCUGGAUGAAUUGCAUAGUGCCAGAUGGAAUGCAUUUAAUAGUGCUGAGAAGAUAUUGGCUGUAAAUGCUAGAGAUACAAGCCAAAGUCUAGCUGCACAAAUCAGUGAUCUUAUAAAUAAAAGUGCUUUGGUGGGUGUGCAAGAGACUACAAGGGGACUACUCACUCUUCAAGAUGCCCUUCUUCUUGCAGUCAAUGGAUAUAUAUUAGCUGGUGAGAAUUUCCCAACAUCUGGCACCAGCGGUCCUUUCUCUUGGCAAGAAGAACAUUUCAUCAAAGAAUCUAUUGUUGAUGCAAUUGUUGAGAACCCAGCAGUUGCUAAACUAAAGUUUCUCCAAGGUCUGACAGAAGAGCUUGAAGCCAACUUAAACAAGAGAAAACAAGAGGAAAAGGAAGAAGUUCCCGAUCAAGCGGAAACCAUUGAUUUUGAUGAUGAGUGGGGCAGUUGGGGGGAUGAAGAUGUAGAUAAAGAUAAAAGCAAAGAGCAAGUGUAUGACGACAUGCAGCUAAAGUUAGAGUUGCGCGAUAGGGUAGAUAACCUUUUCAAAUUCCUGCACAAACUGUGUAAAUUGAAGCCAAAUGUGUCAUUUAGGGAGUGGUCGCUGGCCUUGGAAAGUAAAUUCAGUGAUGAUCCUUACUCAAACAAAGGAAUGCUUUAUAAAGUGCUAAGCAGGGUACUAGACAAGCAGGAUGUACCUGGCUUAGAGUACCAUUCAUCUACUGUUGGCCGACUUUUUAAAAGUGGGUUUGGCAGAUUUGGCCUUGGACAGGCAAAACCAAGUCUUGCAGAUCACAACAUUAUCUUGGUUUUUGUGAUCGGGGGCAUCAAUGGCGUUGAGGUACGGGAAGCCCAGGAAGCAUUAUCCGAAAGCACCCGACCUGAUAUAGAUUUGAUUCUUGGAGGAACAACUCUUCUUACACCCAACGACAUGUUUGAACUACUCCUGGGCGAGUCUGGCUACAUUUAAUCCUGUCUGUUUUUCGAAAGAAUGAAGUCUGCAAAUUCUGCACAAGUGUUCUGCAGAACGCGACCUUCUCAAUGUAGGUAUGCAGCAUUCUUCAUAGACAAUUUUGUGACAGCUUAGACUUUUCAGUAUCCUUAACACACAGGCACUUGGAACUGCAAAGUUGCCCAGUAUCUCACCCUGCAACUCUUUUAGGGAUUUGGCAGGGUGGAGCCCAUGUACUAGUAGUUUUUAAUAGAAUCAAUACCAGUGAAAAUUUUUACAGUCCAAAGUAAUUAUUAAACGAAAAGGUUGUGUUUAUUUCAAUUCUCCACUCUGUUUUGAAAUUAGAGGAAUGUACAAGUAAAUUUAUUUUCUGAUUUUGUUUCUCCAUAGGAUUGAAAUUAGAGGAAUGUACAAGUAAAUUUAUUUUCUGAUUUUAUUUCUCCAUAGGAACGAAGAAUUUCUAUAACUAGUAAACACACUCAAAAUGUCUGAGAUACUCUAAUGUAAUUUGUUGUGGAAUUGUAUGUAGUAUUACUUGAAUGAA